AUGGCAACUGUGUUUUGGGACCGGAAGGGGGUAUUGCUGGUCGACUUUAUACCUGCAGGGACCACAGUAAACGCUGACAGGUACUGUGAGACACUGAAGAAGCUCAGACGGGCAAUUCAGAACAGGAGAAGAGGGAUGUUGAGCAAGGGCGUAAGCAUUCUCCACGACAACGCUCGCCCACACGUCGCCCGUCAAACCGUCGCUCUCCUGCAAGACUUCGGUUGGAAAAUCAUCACCCACCCACCAUAUAGUCCGGACUUGGCACCAAGCGACUACCACCUCUUCCCUAAGUUGAAAGAACAUUUGGCAGGAAGGCGAUUCAGCAACGACGAAGACGUGAAAGAUGAGGUUCAACGCUUCCUCAAGGACAAGGCGGCGAGCUGGUACGACAUGGGCAUCCAAAAACUACUACAGCGUCUUCAGAAAUGCAUCGACCGAAACGGCGAUUAUGUAGAAAAAUAG